ACCACCAUUACUGUUUACACAGCUACUCUCAACUUCUUCUCUUCCCUAGCUCCCUUUCUUGGCUAACUACAGACCGAGAGAAGAUUUAUUCGAGAAAAUGGAUUCUGGGAAGGUGGUGGGAAGCAUAAGAUUGGUGUUGGCUUACCUGAAAUGGGGAUGGGAGUUGUUGUUUCACUUGUCCUUCUUCCACCACCGCCACCACAGCUACUCUUACUCCUACUAUCCGCACGACAGCCACGAAUCCAACGACGUCGUAUCGGCAACCGCAGAAGAUCUGCGGCAGUCCUCCGAAUGCGCGGUGUGCUUGUCCAAGGUGGAACAAGGGGACGAGAUCCGGGAGCUGACAUGCCGCCACGUGUUCCACAAAGUCUGUCUCGACAGAUGGUGUCAGUCGUCGUUUACACGGAGGCAACCCACGUGUCCACUCUGCCGCCGUUCCUUGACUACUACUCCGGCGACCAGCCGAGGGAGCUCCGGUGGGGCGGCGCCAGAAGUGCUUCUGUUCGACUUCGCUCGUUUUGUUUCCUCCGAUCAUUACACCCGGAACACUUGGUGCCUCCGUUAGCUCUAGGCUCUAGCUAUAGGCUGAUGCCUGACUUGCAAAAAUGUAAACCACGAAAUAAUAUGUGGUAAAAAAUGACAGUAUUUACCUCAUAUCUGCCCAUCAUUCUUAUCACUUAUUUAUUUAUUUAUCGAAGUGUUACAAUGAUGAGGAAAGUUAAUUAAUGGCGGUUGCUAGACAAACCUAAAGGUUGUAGGAACUCCUCCCAUCCAAAUUGCAGAUCUUCUUUAAUCGUUUUAAUUUUAUCGAGUAUCUUCGUAAAAACUAUUUAAGUGGCAGAUAAAUAGCUAGUGUCGUGUGAAAUAAGAAAUGUAGUUGUGGAACUCCCCCAAUCGAGGAAACUACCAGGUCUUAGAAAUCGAAUAUGAGAAUAGAGUAAGUAACACCAAUUUGUGUUGCCUAUUUUAUUUGUUUUUCUUUUUAAAAUUGCAUAUUCAAUUAUUAUAUAAGUCGUUAGAAUGUCAAUUAAAUUGCACGGAGUUUAUAAUUAUCUCCAAUACGACUUAUGAGAUUUUCAAGUGAUUUCUAAUUCAGGGAUCGAUACUCGAUAUAAAUUAUGCACUCAAAUAAAAAUAAAUAAGCAUAGUCGAAGUAACACAAAUACAUGAUAUUGUCAAUUUAUUUCUAUCCGUUGACCAUUGAGAUUGUGAGAUUUGAGAUCCAUACGCAUCACAUCAACAAAUAAUUAUAAUUUUCACAUGGUCAUUGAUGCAUUAAAUAAAGACCUUCCUUUGGGUCGAUACGUGGGAUAGAACACUAUGACGAUCUAGAUCAAAAGUGUGCAGUUCCAAAUAGCCAUAUUGAGUUUAUAUUAGAACUUUGCUAUUUUGAGUCUGCUAGCUUGUGAUUUAGCUAGCACCUUGAUGAUUAAGACAGAGUAUUCAUGCAAUUGAAUCAUAACAUUGAAAACCUUGUGUGUAGCUUGUUAUUAACCCUAGCAACUUGGCAUCAAACGGAUCUAUUUGUUAGAUGCACUCACUGAAUUUAACUUAAAACUAUAAUAAUAAUAAUAAUAUAAACUAUCUAAAGAC